AUGAUCCUCGGACGAAGAUCUAACCCUCCUAUGAGCUUUGUUGAAGCGGGCACCUUACAAGGGUUACUCGCGACAGCUCCGAUGAACUCUUUGAAAGUUCUGGUUAAUACCAACGAAGGCGAAGGAAUGACCUUUCUGUUUCUUGGAAGUACGAUCGCUUUGAUCAUCGUUGCACUGGUUAUCAUCGCGAUUAUUGUCUGCGAACUCCGUCGACCCGCUCCUAGUGCGGACGGCCGACGCGACAGCCGCACAGACGCUGUCAUCAUUGCGUAA